UCUGCGGGGAAGCAACGAAUCUGCAUCCAUUCAAAUUAACUUUGGAAUUAACUCUACUAAGGUUGCAAGAAUGACUCGAGAAAAAACUCAGCUGAAGGAGUUUUUAGAGUCAAUAAGUGUUCUGCAGUGGGUGCUAAGCUUUCUCCUCUUGGGAGUGGCUUGUAUCAUACUGAUGGUGUAUCUUAUGUUUACCUCUCUGUGGCCGCUGUCUGCUCUCUACUUUGUAUGGUUGGUGAUGGACUGGCAUAAACCCGAAAGAGGGGGCAGAAGAACGAUGUCUGUGAGAAAGUGGAAGGUAUGGGAGCACAUGAGAGACUACUUUCCCGUUAAACUGGUCAAGACAGCAGAGCUGAAUCCAAACAAAAACUACAUCCUAGGUUCUCACCCACAUGGCAUCAUGUGUACUGGAGCCUUUACCUGCUUCAGCACGGAGAGCUGUGGCUUUGCUGAGGCAUUUCCCGGCGUGCGAGCCAGCCUGGCGAUGCUGGCGGGCCUGUUCAGGAUACCAUUCUUUAGGGAGUACAUCAUGAGCGCAGGACUUUACCCAGUCAGCAAACCAAGCCUGGUCCACCUCCUUUCAAAAAGCGGCAAAGGGAAUGCAGUGGUAAUUGUGAUAGGGGGCGCUGCCGAGUCUCUGGCAUCCUCUCACGGACUCAACACAGUGGUCAUGAAGGAAAGAAAGGGAUUUGUCAGACUGGCCCUUGAGUUGGGUGUUGAUCUGGUGCCCGUUUAUUCAUUCGGGGAGAAUGAGCUCUACCAGCAGGUGAUUUUCGCAGAGGGCAGUCUGUGUCGCAGGUUACAGGACUUGUUUAAAAAAAUCAUGGGCUUUGCACCGUGUCUCUUUGUCGGUGAGCGCUUUGUUCUCAUGCCCUACAGGACUCCAAUCACGACUGUUGUGGGAAGUCCAAUCUCAGUGCCAAAGCGUGUCACGCCCACAGACGAGGAAGUCGACCAUUAUCACAGACUUUACAUGCAGGCCCUUUCCAAAUUAUUCCACGAACACAAGGUCAGCUGCGGACUUUCAGAAAAUCACGAGCUUCGGAUAAUUUAGAUAUUUUGACAUAAACUGUUUGCACCAAAUACGACUUGGAGUCACUAUGGAUCUGACGUGAUGGACCUAUAUUAACAUUGAAGGUUUCCUGUGAUCAUCAGUCUAUAAAAAUGUGCCUGUAUUUAAAACUGCUCAUCACAUGUUUUAAAUAAUUAUGACGUGAAGCCUUUAUGUGGCACUGCUGUUUGUAUGGAAAACACUGGAGGAUUAUUAGUUUAAUCAUGUUUGGCAAUAAUUUUAACAACAUAUUGAAAAAAAUAUUCUCACGUGUUUCUGAAAGCUGUACAUAUUUGGAAUGAUUCAAUUAUUAUCUCAUAACAUGACAUACUUUUCCUUUUUUGUUUGCAUUAUUAAAACAAUCCCACUAGUUUUCAUGAACAAAAGAAAAAAAUCUUACUGGAUAUUGUGUUG